AUGACGAGUCUUAAUAAUGCAGCUCUCAUGAAGAUGACUUGGAAGGUAAUGACUGAGGACUCUGAACUUGAUAAUUUUAUUCGUGCUCGUUUUAAAGGCUCUGCCUACAACAAAUCUUCAGUGUGGCAUGGUUUUAAGGAACAUUGGAAUAUCAUUCAAGAAAAUCUCGUCUGGUUAGUCGGUGAUGGUAGUAACAUAGACUUCUGGAAUGAUGUUUGGUGCAUUAAUAUGGGUUCCUCCAUCGUAGAUUUCUUAGACCUGGAUAAUUCGAACUUACACAACACAGUUGCAGAUUUUGUUGAAGAAGGAAACUGGUGCUUUCCUACUUAUAUGCCAUAG